CUGCGAUUGGCUGCUGGCUGCUUGUCAGGAAGAAAGAGCUGCUGUGUUGAGGCCGAAAACUCAGACACAAGCAGGAGCAGUUCGACGCAGGAGUGACUCAGAGUAAGGAUAUUGUCUCGACAUGACACCGGGUCUCCGUUUUUAACGAGCCGGGCUCGCCGCGGAGCUGACGCCGAUCCUCCGCGCUGCUUCCGCCGAGGCCGCCGCGUCCUCCUCCGCCUUGCCCGCCACCUGAGCCCCGCUGCCCGCUGCUCUCGGUAAUCCAGACCCGCUGGCUGUUAACGGGACUGACGCUGCUGUGUGGCGACGCAGGAAACCAACCAGUCCCAGAUUUAAGUCUUACACAGACCCAGCGGGGACGUAACGGAUCAGCUGUUGCUGUCGGGACCGGUUUAACAUCCCAGGUGAAGAGCACAACUCCAUGAAGAAGUGCGCGGCGGAGCAGCGUCUCGUUCUGCGCAAGACACUGUGUGCUGUGACUGAGCCGAAGAAGACCGCGUCUCCUCCUGAAGCAGCUCCGCGGGCUUUGACACUCAGGAUUUAUCUCAUGAAGGCGUUUUGAAGCAGCAGUUUUGAAGCUCGUGCAGCAGUGCCAUGAAUCAGCCUGGACCACAGCUGCUGCCCACUUAGAGGUCGCUUCGCCUCUCUUUCCCCCUCUCUUCGGUCCGGAGGAUGCUGGGAAUGUGUCGCGGGCGCAGGAAGUUCCUGGCGGCCUCUCUCGCUCUGCUCUUCAUCCCAGCGCUCACCUGGCUUUACCUCUCGGUCGGGAGCUUCCAAGUGAAGCCCCUCCCUCUGUCCCCGUUGGAAGCCCAGUCAUCUACACCGGUGGGGGGAGCCGGCGAGCGCCAGGCUUUGGAGCUGCGGGUGCGGGCGGUGGAGGAGGAGAACCGGGCGCUGCGCCGGGAGCUCAGCCGGCCACCCAGGAGCCCGUCUGCGCGCCUUCCAAGCGCCGGUCACCGUGGCAACCAGAGCAGAACGCAUUCAGAGGAGGGGACGGGCGACAAUGAGGGACAAAAAGCUGCGGCGGUGGGAAACAGCUCGGACUGCGUGCAGCAGCCGGCCGUGGAUAAGUGCGAGACCAUCCACGUGGCCAUCGUGUGUGCAGGAUACAACGCCAGUCGAGACGUGGUGACGCUGGUUAAAUCCGUCCUCUUUCACAGGCGGAACCCUCUUCAUUUCCAUUUCAUCACAGACUCCAUCGCUCAGCAGAUCCUGUCCUCUCUGUUCCACACCUGGAUGGUUCCUGCCGUCAGGGUGGACUUCUACGACGCCGACGAGCUAAAGUCGGAGGUGUCAUGGAUCCCGAACAAACAUUACUCUGGGAUCUACGGUCUGAUGAAGCUCGUCCUCACCAAGACGCUGCCGUCCGACCUGCAGAAGGUCAUCGUCCUCGACACAGACAUCACCUUCGCCACCGACAUCGCUGAACUCUGGGCCGUCUUUCACAAGUUCAAAGGUCAGCAGGUUCUGGGUCUGGUGGAGAACCAGAGCGACUGGUACCUGGGGAACCUGUGGAAGAACCAUCGCCCCUGGCCCGCCCUGGGGAGGGGCUUCAACACAGGAGUGAUUCUUCUUCUCCUGGAUCGUCUCAGGAAGCUGAGAUGGGAGCAGAUGUGGAGGCUGACUGCAGAGAGGGAACUAAUGAGUAUGCUGUCCACGUCGCUGGCAGACCAGGACAUCUUCAACGCCGUGAUCAAACAGAACCCGUUCCUGGUCCACCAGCUGCCGUGUUUCUGGAACGUCCAGCUGUCGGACCACACGCGCUCCGAGAAGUGCUACAAAGACGUGUCGGACCUGAAGGUGAUUCACUGGAACUCUCCCAAGAAGCUGCGGGUGAAGAACAAACACGUGGAGUUCUUCCGGAAUCUCUAUCUGACGUUUCUGGAGUACGACGGGAACCUGCUGAGACGAGAGCUGUUUGGAUGCCCGAGCGAGGCCGACCACAACAGCGAGAACCUCCAGAAAACUCUGUCCGAGCUGGAUGAAGACGAUCCGUGUUACGAGUUCCGUCGUGAGCGAUUCACCGUCCACAGAACGCACCUCUACUUCCUGCACUACGAGUACGAACCGUCCUCCGACAACACCGACGUCACGCUGGUCGCACAGCUCUCCAUGGACAGGCUCCAGAUGUUGGAGGCCAUCUGUAAACACUGGGAGGGGCCCAUCAGUCUGGCCCUGUACCUCUCCGACGCCGAGGCUCAGCAGUUUCUGCGUUAUGCUCAGGGCUCCGAGGUGCUGAUGAGCCGCGGGAACGUGGGUUAUCACAUCGUCUACAAAGAGGGUCAGUUCUACCCCGUCAACCUGCUGAGAAACGUGGCCAUGCGGCAGGUCAACACGCCCUACAUGUUCCUGUCAGACAUCGACUUCCUGCCCAUGUACGGCCUCUAUGAGUACCUCAGGAAGUCAGUGGUGCAGCUGGACAUGUCCAACAAUAAAAAAGCUCUGGUUGUUCCAGCCUUUGAGACGCUGAGAUAUCGUCUCUCUUACCCAAAGUCUAAAGCCGAGCUGCUCUCUCAGCUGGACAUGGGGACGCUCUUCACCUUCAGGUACCACGUGUGGACUAAAGGCCACGCACCCACUAACUUUGCCAAAUGGCGGACAGCCACCACGCCGUACAGGGUGCAGUGGGAGGCUGACUUUGAGCCUUACGUGAUGGUGAGGAGGGACAGCCCCGAGUAUGACCGCCGCUUUGUCGGCUUCGGGUGGAACAAAGUGGCUCACAUCAUGGAGCUCGACGCACAGGAGUACGAGUUUGUGGUCCUCCCUAACGCCUACAUGAUCCACAUGCCUCACGCCCCGAGCUUCGACAUCACCAAGUUCCGCUCCAACAAACAGUACCGGGUCUGCCUGAAGACCCUGAAGGAGGAGUUUCAGCAGAACAUGUCGCGGCGCUACGGCUUCGCCGCGCUCAAAUACAUGACUGCCGAGAACAACAGCUAGCUACCACUGCAGACCCCCACACCCCCCCCCCCGCCAUGAACUACUGACACGCUCUCUGGACGGGGGCGGAGGGUGGAGGAAACAGGGACAGCCUGGGUGAGGCUGACCUGAGGAUUUUAGACUGCCUCUGACUUUUACAGAACGUUUGACCCUCAGCGUGGGACUGCGAGGGUCUUUAUGUCCAUUCUUUGUCCUCGGCUGUGGAUGGAGAAAUCAUCCAGGAGGAGAUCACUCACUAAAGCUCUGAAAGACGACAACAAUUACAGCUAGACCCAGACCAGAAACUGGUUUAUGUUGGCCCAAAGAUCCGGCCCUUAAGUGUGACAGACAGCAGGCAAAGAAAAACAGACAUUCAACGCCUCGCCAUAUUUGUAAGAGCAGUGACAGAGCUGUGGGCUGGGUGUAACGUUAAGGAUGAGUGUGUGUGUGUGUGUGUGUGUGUGUUUGUGUGUGUGUGUGUGCAGAUAAAUGAAAUGCGUGACUGCGUAAGUAUGUGUGUGUGUACUGGUGUGUCUGUAUGUGUGUGUGAGUGUGUUCCUCCAGGACAGCGUUUAGGUAAAAGCCUAAGCAAAGCUGAAGAUGUGAAACAUUUCAUUCUGAGCUGCGCCGGCGGUUUGAUUGACAGCUCACCCCGACUCGAAUGCAAAUCGUCAGCAGGCGGCGAGAUAAGACAAAGCGGUAAACACGUCCACACAGAUUUACAGAAUCUCAUUGUGACGACUGACACACACACACACACACACACACACACUGAGAUAGUGUGGCGAGCAGCCAGCCAGCAAGCGUCUGCUGCUGCUCCGUUUGUUUGAUCGCUGAUACACAUCGGAAUAAGUCGUCAGCAGCGACGACGUUAAGUGCAGGGAUGGGUGGAGGUCAUCAAUGCUACAGAAUGUUUCCUGUUUGAACCUGACAGCAGGGUGUGUGUGUGUGUGUGUGUGUGUGUGUGUGUGUGUGUGUGUGUGUGUGUGUGUG